AUGGCGAUGAAGUAUUUGGUCCUAGCAAUUGCUUUUCUUUUUCAAUUAAAUAGUUGCAGUUCAUUAGGACAAAACGGUGGGGAUACGCUUCUGCCCGGAGAUUCGCUCGCUGGAAAUGAGACCAUAGUGUCAAAGGAUGGCACGUUUGCAUUGGGAUUUUUCAGUCCGAGAGGGACGGAUAAUUGGUACAUUGGCAUCUGGUACGCACAAAUCUCCCCGAAGGUCAUAGUUUGGGUGGCUAACAGAGAUAAUCCUAUGAGACACAUGCCUGGCGUUCUGAGAUUUUCCAGCAAGGGUCGACUCACACUGUUUGACAGAAAGGGCCCAUCAGUAUGGUCGACUGAUAAUGGUCUGAGAGGAUGGCGGGUAGUGAUAACGGACCCUGGUAAUCUCAUUAUUCUGGGUCACGGCCACAACAAGUCUGACAUUGUGUGGGAAAGUUUCGCUCAUCCGACAGAUACAUGGUUGCCUGGCAUGAAGAUGUGGAAAGGCAUGCGACAAACCUCGCGGAAGAGUUCUGUGGAUCCUGCAGUUGGGCUUUUCUCUAAUGGAAUGGACAUGUCCCCAGGAAGCACGCAGAUGGUAUUGGUCUAUAACAACAGUGUCCCAUAUUGGUCCACCGGAGAGUGGACUGGGAGUUAUUAUAGAAACGCUCCGGAAGCGUUUGCUCCUAACAGAUUCGAAAUGUCCUGUGUGAGGAUUUCUCCUUCAAGAAUAUACUAUAAUUAUAGCGUAUUCCGGUUUGGAACUACCCGCACUGGGCGGGUGGUGUUAGAUUGGAAGGGCGGAUCAUAUGUUUACUACUUGAUGGAUGAUGGUAAUUGGAUUCAGGGAUGGUCGUCAUAUCGAGGUCAAUGUAGUGACUAUAAUAUCUGCGGGGCUUACGGACUGUGUAAUGCCAAUGAUGUGUGUAGUUGUAUUGAGGGUUUCACACCCAAGCAUUACACUCAAGGUUUGUUGUCAAGUGGGUGUGCUCGGCGAAGACCCCUGCAAUGCUCUGUCACAGCGGGCACCACCGACGGCUUCUUGGAAUCCAAGAAUCGACAAAUGCCCGAGGAAGACGCUAUCUCAUACAACCACGAGCAAACACUGCAAGGCUGCAGAACUGCUUGUCUCAGCAAUUGCUCCUGUACAGCCUUUGCUUUCGUUACUUCUGGUGUACCAGUCUGUACACUUUGGUUUGGAGAUUUAUUCAAAAUGUAUGUUUCAUCUGUCAGCCAAUCCAUCUUCAUCAGGCUGGCUGCUUCGGAGUUGCUGCGCUUGACAUCAAAGAGAAGCGGUAAAGCCCCUUUACUUUUUAUUUUACUUCCUUCUGCCAUGGCUGUUUUGGCUGUUUCAGCUCUCCUCUUGGCCGGAUUUAUCCUGUGGAAACAUCGAAGGCUGCGGAACAAAAGAGUAGAAGAGGACGUGCCAAUCAUGCUCAAAACGUUCACUUACAAGGAGCUGCGAAUUGCAACCGAGAAUUUCAAGCAUAAGGUUGGAAGGGGAGCAUUCGGUUCUGUGUUCAAAGGAACUCUAGCAGACAACACGCUUGUGGCAGUUAAGAGAUUAGAGGGUUAUGCAAGAGCAGAAAAGCAAUUCCGUGCGGAAAUAAACACCAUCGGAAGUAUACAGCAUGUGAAUUUGGUGAGGCUCAGGGGAUUCUGCGUAGAAGACUCUGAAAGGCUAUUGGUGUAUUCCUACAUGCCCAACGGCUCUCUAGAUUUCUCUCUCUUCUGUGAAGAGGGAAAAGCAGAGAAGGAGUUGGAUUGGAAGACCCGUUAUGAGAUCGCACUAGGAAUAGCACGAGGAUUAGUUUAUCUCCAUGAGGAAUGCAGGGAUUGUAUCAUUCACUGUGAUGUUAAGCCUGAAAACAUUCUUCUAGACGACGACUUCAGCCCGAAGAUAGCUGAUUUUGGAUUGGCAAAGCUGGUGGGCAGAGAUUUCAGCCAUGUAUUGACGACCACAAGAGGAACUCCAGGAUACCUGGCUCCCGAGUGGAUCUCCGGCCUUCCUAUCACUCCCAAGGUGGACGUAUACAGUUUUGGCAUGAUGUUAUUGGAAAUUAUAUCCGGUCGUAGAAAUCUAGAUUUAACGGUGGAGGAGAGAAGCAGGUUGUAUUUUCCUACCUGGGCUUCAUCUCAAAUUCAGGAGGGAAACAUAAUAGGUGUUGUGGAUGCAAGGAUAGCAAGCGGGGCGAAUAUUGAAGAGGUGAGAAGAGCCGCUGUAGUUGGGGUACUAUGCAUUCAAGAAGAUGAAGAUAGGAGACCGAGCAUGGGUGAAGUGGUGAAGAUAUUAGAAGGGACAAUGGAAGUUCCUGUUGAACAAAUCCCGAGGUCUUUAGAGGUGCUGUUCGGAGAGUCAUAA